AUGUUGGUUCUUGAAUCAACUCUACUCAACUCAUAUACUGAAUGUAAUAAUUUCAAAUUUGUGAUUCCAAAGGAGCAGCACAGAACACAGAAGACUGUGGUACCACGAGAUGAACUUCAUGCAUUUGUUAUUCGUUGUAUGGAAAAAGUGGGCACCAAACGGGACCAUGCUUCCGUUCUAGCUGAUCUUCUGGUUGCUGCAGACUACAGAGGCCAUUUUAGCCAUGGUCUCAACAGAUUGGAUAUGUAUGUUCGUGACAUAGAAAGUGGCAUGUGUGUCAGUGACAAGGAGCCAGAAAUAGCAAAGGAGACCUCAGCAACAGCAUUGGUCAAGGGAAAUAAUUUGUUAGGACCUGUAGUUGGGAGAUUUUGCAUAGACACAGCAAUAAGGAAAGCAAAGACAGCAGGGAUUGGAUGGGUCUCUGCAAAUGGCUCAAACCACUUUGGCAUUGCUGGCUGGUAUGCUAUGAGAGCAAUGGAACAGGGUCUGAUAGGUUUGGCUUUCACGAACACAUCACCACUAAUGGUACCAACCAGAGCCAAAAAGGCAACCUUGGGAACUAAUCCUAUAGCUUGUGCUGCUGCUGCAAAUAAUGGAGACAGCUUUGUGCUUGAUAUGGCUACCACAGCUGUAGCGUUAGGCAAGCUGGAACUCAGUGAGAGGAAAGGGCUAAAAAUUCCACUUGGAUGGGGCUGUGACAGCUCAGGCAAGGCAACAACCAGUCCUUCAGAAGCUACAGGGCUGAUGCCUCUGGGAGGAACAGAAGAAUGCAGUGGCUACAAGGGAUAUGGUCUUGCGAUGAUGGUAGAACUGUUCUGUGGUAUUUUGGCCGGGGCUGACUUUGGUAGCAACAUCAGAAGAUGGAAGACAACAGACAGAAUUGCUAAUGUGGGUCAGUGCUAUAUAGCAAUUGAUCCGUCUGCAUUUGCACCAGGAUUUUCUGACAGACUUACAGAGCUAAACAAUACUUUAAGGAGAUUGGAGCCAGCUGAAGGUGAGACUGAAGUCCUGGUUGCAGGAGAUCCGGAGAAAAAGCACAUGGCAAAAUGUGACAAACUUGGAGGGAUCCCUUACCAUGCUAACCAGAUUAAAUAUGCU